UCAAUAUGCAAAUGAGCAUCAGCUGCCCUGGAGACCGGAUAGCGUCUACUAGCAACCAAGAUGGCAGACGGCAGCCCACCGCGAUCUUCGGUCACACCAAAAGUCGCCCUGCAGUACUCCGAAAUGUCUAAGACACCUGGAAACUUUCAGCACAUCCCUAAGUGGUCGGACCUGCACCCCACCAUCCCCCAGCUGUACGUGCCCGAGUGGAAAACAGACAUGAAGAACAGAGAAGUCAUUCUCAGGGAGUGUAAGCAGGCUGGCCUGUACUACGGGCCUCACGACGAGAGCCUGUUCCUGUGCAAGCGGGAGCGACUGAACCACGGGGAGGACCGGCGGCGCGUGGAGACCAACUACGCGAGCCAGCCGGACCGCCGGACCCUGAUCAACCCGCCGCGCUGGUCGCACCUGUACCGCCACCGCAGCACGCUCAUGAUGUUCACCGACCCUGGCUCGGACUAGGGCACGUUCUCUCCGCCAGGGGGCGCUGCUGCACGCUCAUGAUGUUUAGGCCCCCUUUUCCACCAGACGGUGAUCGCCCAGCGCUCUCACUGCGACCUAAAUAGGAAAUGUGUAACCUUCGCUUUCACACUGGGUAUAUCGCACAAAACGUGAGA